AUGCCACUGAAUAUGAUAUUGGGACGGGUUCAAGUGCUUGUUUUAUUCAAGUUUCAAAGCGAGAAAUGGAGAAUUGCCAGAAUUCGGGAUAACGAGUUGUGGCAUACUGGUGGUUAUAUCUUUGAUAUAUCCAAGACCCUAUUACACUUGGAUUUGCCGCCCAGAGUGCCUCCUCACCCGAGCAUUGAGCUGUUCGCGCUCCUACCCCGUAACCUCUCAAAGAAGGCAGCCAGCAACCACUUGUGGCUUACCCACGCCACCUCCGGGCGUCCACCGUCUAGCUUUGAACUCCGAGCUUACAUGCGUUGCGGAGGGUUAAAGCUUUCACUUGAACAUCAUGUCUCCGAUCAUCCCGGGGGACUGUCUUUGAGACCAGACUUCUGGGACUUGGUUCUACUAGCAUUUACAACACCGGUUGUUCAUUUUCUUUCACUCUGCCCCAGACUCACUUCGUCGAUUUUACACCAUUUCAUCUGCUUUGAUGUCAAGGGCCUUCGCGCGAUCCAACACCUAGCCCCCAACAUUGACUCCACUGUGUUUGAACCUUUGACUAGAACGCCCAAUGUUCUGUCACAGUUCCAAUAUUUCAGGACCUACGUUCACUCUGAGUUAGUCACCGGAUGCUGA